AAUAAUUACCUGGCUUGAUUGUUCUAGGGGUAAGAUUUUUUUUAAGUAUACAUACAGUCCAUAUAAUAAUCUGAUGCAUGUAAAAGAGACGAGAGGCAUCGUCAUGUCGACCACGGGUCCCAUAAACAAUUAUUAUGUGGAUUCUUUGAUAAACCAUGAGAGCGAGGAUGUGCUGGCGUCGCGGUUCUCAGCCCCAGAGCUUCUCCCCACCCGUUGCCGACCGACGACACUAGUAGCGGAGUGCUCCGAAUAUCCCUCCUGCAGUUUUGCGCCGAAACCUCCUGUCUUUACCUCCUCCUGGGGCCCAGUUCACUCCAAGUCUUCAGUGGUCUACCACCCAUACACCCACCAACCUCACAUUGGAACGGACUCGAGGUAUGUUCGCUCAUGGCUAGAGCCCAUAUUUCCAGGCUACCCUGCGAACGGUAGACACUACGGACUCAAAACGGAUGGUUUUCCUCAGCCCGGUGCCGGAGACUGCAUCGCUUCCAACGGCCACGGAUACCCGGAUUACUUCUACAACACCUCAGUGGACAUCCGAGACAAGACACAGCAGAUCAUCCCUUCUCCAGAGUCGGAGGUUUUGGCUUCCGGAAAGCACAAAGACGACAAGCCAGAAUUUGAUCCAAGCAACCCGGUGGCAAAUUGGAUACACGCUCGUUCAACAAGGAAGAAACGGUGUCCAUAUACAAAAUAUCAGACUCUCGAACUCGAAAAGGAGUUUUUGUUCAAUAUGUACCUUACUAGGGACCGUCGAUAUGAGAUCGCUCUGGUUCUUAAUUUGACCGAGAGACAGGUCAAAAUUUGGUUCCAGAAUCGGCGGAUGAAGAUGAAGAAAAUGAAUAAAGAGAAGACAGAAACUCAUGAGCAGUAAUGUGCCCUAUGGACACAUUGACUCGUACACAUUCAGAAAAAUCCCACUCAUGGACUGUGGGCGGUCUCGCCUCUUGAUAGCUACUAUUUUCCUUUUUGAUCUGAUAUAAUUAAGCUAUAGGCCUAUUCUUGGCAAAGUAGCACAGUGCAACUUAGGCCCACGCCUCAAUAUGAAAGUAUGCAGCUUGUUUGGACUAUUUAUUCUUUAUUACGCCUACUGUUUCAUGUCAAGACCCACGAAUGGGACAUUGGUAAAGAAAGGUAGCCUUUAAGGUGAAGUUGGAUAACUGUGCUUGAAUGGUGUUUCAUCUGUUCAUGUGUUUAACAAAACCUGUUGCAUCUUAUUCAAGUGUAAAUUAGUGUUUUGUACACGAAAAUACAUCAACGUACAUGGAACGUGUGUCUGUGUUUUCGUAUGUGAAUAUACAUUUAGUUGUAGCCAAUUUGUUUUUUAUAUUAUUUUCUCUCGACACUAGAACUUUAUGUUAUACUGUAGAUUGUGUCCAUCUUUAAAUGUAUUCCAAAUAAUCUCCUUUCCUGUAUUUGUUGUGUCAUUCUUAUUAAAAACGUUAAAAAAUC